CUGUAAGGAUGAUGGUGGGAACAGGCGACGAGGCUGUCCUUGCCAGAGAGCACAGGGCAGACAGAGGUCACUUUUUGGGUAGUAAUCUUCAUUUAGAUGAAAUCUGCCACUGAAUUCAGCCCUGUGCAUUAAAAGCAGGCGCUACCUGCUGGGCUCUCUUCUUGUUGGUUGAAUAAGCUUGAAGUUUUGGCGGUUAGCGAGCUGCAAGAUCGCAACAGAAAGCGGUGGUUUCUUCAGUAGGACAGGUGGGUGCUGACCUGAUGAAGCAGGUUACUCAAAGGCCAGCUGACACGGCUGAGCUUUUUUUUUCCUCAGGGGAAAAAAAACAGGAGGAGGGAGAAGAAGGUGGAAGGGAAGAUGUCGUUAAGUCUGCAAAUAAAUAUAAAAAGUUACUGCAAAGAGGUAAUGAAAAACACAGUAUUCAGGUGGCUUCUCAACAAGAAGAUGGUGAACCUACACUACAAGACAUGGCUGUACUAAUUGAACAAGUCACUGGUGUUCCGGUUCCUUUUCAGAAACUGAUAUACAAAGGGAGGUCUCUGAAAGAAUUGGAACAACCAUUGUCAGCACUUGGUGUUAAAAAUGGUUGCAAAAUCAUGUUGAUUGGGAAAAGGAAUAGUCCAGAAGAAGAGGCUGAAUUAAAGAAGUUAAAAGAUUUGGAGAAGUCAGUGGAGCAAAUAGCUAAUAAGUUAGAGGAAGUUAAUAAAGAGUUCACAAGUAUCCAGAAGGGGUUUUUAGCAAAGGAUCUCCAAGCAGAAGCACUAAAACAGCUGGACAAGAGGAUAAAAGGAACUGCAGAGCAGUUCAUGAAGAUCCUGGAGCAGAUUGAUGCCAUUAAUCUGCCAGAGAAUUUCAGUGAUUGCAAACUGAAAAAGAAAGGGUUGGUGAAAAGGGUUCAGGUUUUUCUUGCCCAGUGUGAUACCAUUGAAGGAAAUAUUGGUCAAGAAAUGGACAAGCUACAGUCAAAGAAUUUGGCACUGGCAGAAUGAGGCAUUGCCCUACUUAACUAGGAAACAUAAUUGCUCUAUGAGCAAGAAGAAAAGUUUGCUCUUUGUUUUGGAGCACGUAUUCAGCUUUUUUUUUUUCUUUUUUUUUUUAAAGCCCAGUCUGUUAGACUGGUACCAGUCAAUCAUUUCUUGCUGGUUGUCUUGUUUGCCGCUUGGUUAGACUAUUAUUUUGAAAAGAAAAUCCUUCCUGAAGAAUGGCAGAAAUAAUCUUUGUGGUGAAUUGUUAUGUAUCUUACGGACGAAUGUUUAGUUAACUAAGUUAUAAAGUUUGCAGUGAUGGGCAAUUUUGUCUGAUAUGUCUUUGAAUUUAUUUACAGCUCAAAUCAAAGAAGGUCUAUAAUUGUACAAGUGCCAUAAGUUGCAAUUGUAGGACUUCAGCUUGAUUGAAAAAGGCAAACUGAGACGACAUCUGGGAGAGUCGAACGUUCUAGUAGACGGUUCAGAGCAAUAAAAAAACCUACGCAUUUGUAUCUACUUAAUGUUUGUAUGCAUUUAUAAAUAUAAGAAAGCUUGACUAUAAGGGAGUCGUACCUAUUUUAGCCUUAAAUUGUCAUAAUAAAUGGAAUGUACUGUAACAUGUAUGGUACUUAAUUUUGAGUGGUGCUUUAAGUUGUUACUAAGCUUGAUACAGACGUAUGUCUUUUACAUAGAUUUCUGAUGUACUGUGUUUUUUAUAGAUUAUUCUUAUUUUUAUUGUUUGUGUUCCAUCUGGAGUUAUGGUGGGAAAUGAAAUGAGAUUACUCAUGCUGCUCAUAUACCAAGAGUUCAGUUCAAGCAAGGUAUAACUAAGGAGCUAUUUUGAAAGUUUUUUUAUACUUUUUUUUUCUGAUUUUACUGAAUUCACGAUGCUAUAUUUAAUGAAAAAUUACAGUGAUCAUUUCUAGUCUGUUAAGGUAAUCGGUGAAUUUUUAUAGCAUGUUACAAAGUGACAGAACUUUAUUUUAGCAAUGCCGUGUGACUGAGGGUUAUGACUGAUUCUCGCAGUCGGAUACGUGCCACACUUAGCCUUCUGUGUUAGGUGAAAAAUAAGCUUUUGCAGGAGAUACUUACUACCUGUCAGCAGGUGCAGCCAACUUUGCGGUUGUUGGUCAGAGCCCAUAGCUAAUGUACCUAUAGUGGGAAUUGCUUUUUCACUGAUACUUCUGGUCCGUAGGUCAGUCAUAUACGCAGUGGCUGCUGCAGUAGUGACUGGUAAGGAGCCUGUUUCUGAGGGGAAGAAAAA